AAUACACCCUUGGAUCCUGGCUUGUUCCAGCUACUGGAUACAACUAGCUGUUGCUUGAGGAGAUACCAGCUCUACACUUAGUCAUAGCGUGUGCUUCAGGGCGACAUGGAUCUCACCGGCCUUUAUCUACUGACAACCACAUUGCUGUUCAUUCUACAGCAGGAAGCCAGUUCGGUGUCCAUCACUGGCCCACUUCCUGCUGCAGACAGGAGCCAGAAGACUCGCACUCCGUCUGGACCUCCUCACCGGGUCAAGCGCUGCUCCUGCGAGAACCUCAAAGACAUGGAGUGUGUCUACUUCUGCCACAUCGGAAUAGUGUGGGUCAACACACCAGGACAGGUGGUGCCAUACGGGGUGGGUCUGUACCCGGUCCGGCUGAGGAGAGACACGGGUCGGUGCUUCUGUACGGGUGGUGGUGACACCGAAUGCCUUCACUUCUGUGCUACACGACGUCUCCAGAGAGAACGAGAGGAAAACAUUGGCUCAUCUCCCAAAGGACGCAAUGUUGCUAAGUCAAGAGAAAAGUUUGACACCGUCCCCUUGAGCAAUGGGCAGAGACCUAAAGUUUCUGUUCAGAAGACAUGAGAGUCCAUGGAGGAUGGUGAGGAGGUCUCACUCACAGGAGCUGCCUGAUCCACCAUUGAACUGGGAAGGAGGCCAUGCAUUGGAUGUGUAGAUAUUUAUGGCAAUAAUGGGCUGUAUAUUUUUUGUCAUAUAUGAUUACAAAUAUUUGUAAAUACAGGAACUUCUUGUGAUUUAAAUAUUUUUACUAGGCAGGGUUCAUAAAAUAUUUUUAUUUGUAUUUUCGCUAUUCCAAUCUCUAGCUGAUCUCACAAAUGUUAUUUUCAUAUCUUUUGUACAAAACGCACAAUGGACUGGAUCUAAAAGAAAGAAAGCGUGAAAUAUCUCACUGCAAUCUGGAGGCUCCGCCCCCGGAUUCAGCUGAAAUGUGUUUUAUUAGCACUGCAUAUUUACAGGCUUUUUGCAUUCGUUGAGUCAGUUGCUAAAUGCACUUUAAACAUUUUAGACAUUCAAGAUCUCGCAACUGCAUUUCAAAUCACAGAUGCAAAAUAAACUUUGAAUUUAACCCCCCUAAAAUUUCCAGCCAAAAGUUUAAUUGGACUCAGGAGGACUUAUUCUCUUUUUCUCCGGUAGGGGGUCUAUAUGUUUAGGAGUGCGGCAGUUUCAGUGGUGCUCAGAAAAGGAAAAAAAAAAUAGAAAGGACAGAAAAAAGUGGAAGACGGACUAGAUGGUGGAGCUGCCAAGCAAGCAGUUGGUUUAAUUUUACUUUUUGUUAAGUUAAGAGUAAUUUAAAAAAAAUUUAAAUAAAUUAGUUAUCAUUAGUUUUUGGGUUCUGUCCAAGGAUUUUAGUUUCCUUUAGGAGAAAUUUUCGCUGAGUUUUGUGGGAUUGAGUUAAGAAAGAGAAACGUUUACGGUGCUAUUGCGGGAAGCAAAGGGAGGGAAAAAAACAGGAUAAGUGCUCUUUUUAAGGCAUCAAAAGCAACUUGACAAGCAGAGGUCCAAAAAAUACUAGCCUUUUUUUUUGCGUCCCGAGCCUUGCAGUAUGCUGUUCAGUGGCUCAGACACCUUAGAGAACCCCAGGACAAACUGCCGAUAAUAACCCACAAACCCCAGAAAGGAAUGCACCUCCCUCACAGUUGUGGGAAUGGGCCUCUCCACUACUGCUGCAGUCUUCCCCGAGUCCACCGCCACUCCCUGUUAACUCACUAUAUGGCCCAAGUACCUCACCUCCCGUUGGAACAACUUACAUUUCUGCGGAUGUAACUUCAAGCCAUGGUGCCCCAAAUGCUCAAAAACCUGUUCAAGGUGCUGCAGAUGUGUAUCAGAAUCAGCUGAAUAAACAAUGACAUUAUCCAAAUAAAUCAACAGGAAGUCAUUCACCUGCCCCCCGAAACACCUCUGCAUCAGGUGCUGGAAGGUAACAGGUGCAUUACAAAGACCAAACGGCAUCCGUUCCCACUGCUAGAGACCCAUGGGUGUUGUAAAGACAGUCUUCUCCUUAUCCUGGAGAUAAACUUCCACCUGCCAGUAGCCACUGGCUAAGUCCAACAUAGAGUAUCACAUCGCCCUCUUCAUCCCUGCCAAGGAUUCUUCAAUGCGAGGGAGAGGGAAGGCAUCCUUAUGUGUGACCGCAUUGAGCUUGCGGUAAUCCACGCAAAAACGCCAACGACCGUCCUUCUUCCUCACAAGGACUACUGAGGCUGCCCAAGGACUAGAACUCUCAGUCAACACCCCACUGGCUAACAUUCCCUACAGUAGAGUACGUAGCUCUAAAUACAAACUUGGGGGAAAUGGCUGGUUACGCUCCCGCACUGGAGGGGCAUCACUUGUUGGAAUAGAAUGCAACACAGCACUAGUCUUCCUUCCCCAUAAUCUUCCUCAUGGGCCGCAAAGAUGUGGGUCCAUCUAUGAAGCAGAUUCGUCAACUGCUUCUGUUGAUCCCCAGUCAGCCCCUCUCCUUGCAGGGACAAAGCUGGAUGGUCCCCUGUCUGUUCCACACUGACCGGCCGAAUGUCCACUUCUACCUCCCGCUCCCCUUUAUACUGGAGGACCAGCUGCUUCUGGCUUUGCACGUCAACAGGAUCUAUCUGAACAACCCGGGCCAAGGGCUUAUGGGAAGGCAGUUUGACUGGAUAAGGAUAAGGAUUACAGACUCGGAGGGGCAGCUUGCAAGCACGCAUCUGAGCAACAACUCGACUUACCCGCCAUUCCUUAGCCUCCCCACCCUGGUCCUCCACCAUCACACAGCAAUCAAGGUGUCCAGAAGAAUGGGAAACACGAACCUAGACCAAAGUCUCUGUCAAGGGUGCCAAUGAAAUCGAGUCCUGUUGCUGGAGCUGCGCUGUCCCUUGGAAAUCCACCGAAGACCGGGAUGCCUGCAUCCGACGGCACACCUGGAAGGCCUUCUCCCAUGCCUCCCUCGCUCUUCUUGAGAUAGUUGACUUAAAGGCAGCCAGACCUGGAUGUCCAUUUUGGAAGAGCUCUUCCCAACAGUGGUUAAUCGCGUUCAUCCCCAAGAUCCCAUAAUGCGACUGCAAACAGUCAUCUUCCACAUUCACCACCCCCUAGGCAGGCACAUUGAUUUCCCCUCACCUGAAACUCCAAUAUUGCAUAACCCACAUAAGGUAACUUAAGCCCAUUAGCAGCCUUUAAUGAUAGCCAUGUAAUCCCU